AUGGCGGCUCGUGUCGACUGUCGGAUUCGUCGAGCCGUUGACUGUUUGACUUGUUUGCAUGUGGUACCGCUUCUGGCGCAACCAGUGCUAGACCAUGCCUUAAUGGUGUCCCUAUUUCUCGACGCCGACUCGCAGGCAACAGUUGAUGCACAGCUCACCAUCGGCUGUUUCCACGACCCAAACUCUUCCAGCCAAGUUGGGUCCGGACCUGUAGGCCAGCCAGUCACUCUCGAGAUAGAUCCUGAAUUUACCGUCACCUCAUGGUCUGCCGGUGGAGGCGAUGUCAGAGACAACAAAGCAGGAUUCACGAGUUCACGGAACUUAAUGCUGUCGAGACCACUUAAAUUUGGAAUGCUCUCAGGUUGGACGGUCAGACGACAGGUGGUCGUCCCAGUUGGUUGA